UAUAAAGAAAGAGGAAGGCUGUGAGCUCCAGAUCAGAGAGGUUAGAGGUUAGAAAGACUUGCUGUCACUUGGGACGGUGGAAAAGCCAGAAAGCUUGCUGGCAACGGCUCAGGCUCCCUGAGCACACAUUUUAAACUGUGUGAAGCAAGUAUUGAAUGAGAGGCUGGACAGCUGCUUUACCUGUGCUCCCACCAGAAGACAAAACGUAUUGCCUGCAGAAAAAAAGCUAAAAGUUUGAAGUAGAGAGCUGGCACUUGGGGAAAAAAAGGGGAAAGGACAUCAGGAGGAAAGUGAUGAUGGAAAACCUGGCUGUUUACCAUGGACCCAUCGGUAAGGAGGAGGGCGAGAGGCGGCUGGCCCAGGACGGGCGAGAUGGUUGCUACCUUGUCCGUAACAGUGACUCCGUUAGCGAUGUCUUCUGUCUGUGUGUGCUGUGCAAAGGAUUCGUCUACACAUACAGACUCCAGAAGGAUGCUGCAGGCUCAUGGGCUGCAGACACCAGUCCUGGAGUGCAGAAACGUUAUUUUCGGCAAGUCAAGAACUUGAUAGCAGCUUUCCAGAAACCUCAACAAGGACUUGCCAUGCCUCUGCUCUACCCUGUCACCGCUCAGGUACGAGCGCAGACCCACACAGAGCAGCACAUGGCCGGUGAUAGCCUGUCACCAACGAACAGCAGCCAAAACUCGUAUCUCCAGCAGCAGUCGCCUAAAGCAGCAAAAGGACAGAAAAACAGGAAAAAGACGGAGGCGAUGCAAGCCUGUCGUUAGGGGUUUACCCUAACCAACAACAAUUAUGAACUGUUGUACUUUUGCAUACUCUCUGUUGCAUUUUGCAUGCCCUGAAGUAAAUGCAAUUUUUCUAUCUGACUCACAUUUCAUAAUUUUUUCAGUAUCUUCUUUUUUUCUGCAUAUGCAGCACAGAAAGUGCUCCAUAACUUUCAGAGAUGUGAUGUAAAAUACUGAAUUGCUGAAACAUUAAUAUCUAUUACUGCAUACAUAAGUUGACAACAAAUAUUGUGCUCUGUUCUUCUAAUGCAAUAGAGUUGUGUGAGAUGUAAAGAAAAUAAAUGAUACUGGCUGAAAUAAACUCUUUUAAAUA